AAAGGUCCAUUCUCAUGAAAUAAAUUACUAGUGGUCUGUGGCCAGGUUUCUUUUACCCCAAAAGAGAAGGUAACAAAUUUUCUUACAACUACAAGAAAAGAUUGUUUUAGGAAACAAUAUAGCAAAAUUUUUCUUAGACACUCAAUAGAGUAUUUUUUUAUAAAAGAAUGAAGCAAAAGAAGAAUUAUUAGGUUACCAUUUUCUUGCAAGAAGAGAUCCAAGAUCGAGCCUUACACUCAGCUUCCACAUUUAUAAGGGAGAAGAAAAUUUUGCUGUAUUCUUUACUUUAUUGCUAACCCCACAACUCUUCUUGUUUGCCUAUUCAUUACUCAUAACAUAAUUCUCCUUCAUAUCCACCAUAGCAUUAGCUCUUCCGUUUACUUGAAAAAAAAAAUGGGGAGAGGGAGAGUGGAACUAAAGAGAAUAGAGAACAAAAUCAACCGACAAGUGACAUUCUCUAAGAGAAGGAAUGGUUUGUUGAAGAAAGCUUAUGAACUUUCAGUGCUUUGUGAUGCUGAAGUUGCUCUCAUCAUCUUCUCUAGUCGUGGAAAGCUUUAUGAGUUUGGUAGUGCAGGUAUCACUAAAACCCUUGAAAGGUAUGAACGCUGUUGCCUUAAUCCUCAAGAUAACUAUGGCGAAAAAGAAACACAGAGCUGGUACCAGGAGGUGUCAAAAUUAAAGGCCAAGUUUGAAGCCCUUCAAAGAACUCAAAGGCACUUGCUUGGUGAAGAUCUUGGGCCACUGAGUGUGAAGGAGUUGCAAAAUCUUGAAAAACAACUUGAAGGUGCACUUGCACUAGCUAGGCAAAGAAAGACACAAGUAAUGAUGGAACAGAUGGAGGAGCUCCGUAGAAAGGAGCGCCAUCUUGGUGAUGUGAACAAGCAACUGAAGAUUAAGGUUUCUCAAGAACUAUCAUCGCAAUUUGAGGGUGAAGGACAAGGACUGAGAGUUCUUCCAUUUCCAUGGGGUUGUAAUGCAUCAGCAGAAGCAGGAAGCAGCACCUUUCAUGUCCACCAUUCUCAAUCAAAUCACAUGGACUGUGAUCAACCUGAUCCAGUACUUCAAAUAGGGUAUCAUCACUAUAUGGCUGAAGAUGGAGCCUCAGGGUCAAGAAGCAUGGCUGUUGAGAGCAACAUCAUCCAUGGCUGGGGCCUUUGAUUUCUAAUUCUAUUUAAUUCCGGAUAUAGGACAAGUUUUUGUUUAAGUUUUUCGAGACUAAAAACUCAAUGACAUCUUUAUGAUUUGAAGUGUUUGUUAUAUAAUGUAUAAUUUUGAGUAA